AUGUGGGACCAGUCGCGGUUAAUAGAAGAUGCAUACACGCCAGAUGCAGCAGAAACCAUUCAAAUAUCAUCGCUUGCCCUGAUUAAGAUGCUUAAGCAUGGAAGAGCAGGAGUGCCUAUGGAGGUUAUGGGGCUUAUGCUGGGGGAGUUUGUGGAUGAGUAUACAAUCCGUGUAACAGAUGUGUUUGCCAUGCCGCAGAGUGGAACUGGAGUGAGUGUAGAGGCAGUUGACCCGGUUUUUCAGACAAAAAUGAUGGAUAUGCUGAAAAUAACAGGAAGAGGAGAGAGUGUUGUAGGGUGGUACCACUCGCAUCCUGGAUUUGGAUGCUGGUUAUCGAGUGUGGAUAUAAACACGCAGUCUGCAUUUGAGCAGCUGUCAAAGAGAGCAGUUGCUGUAGUUAUAGAUCCCAUACAGAGUGUGCGAGGAAAGGUUGUUAUAGAUGCAUUCCGCCUUAUUCCUAUGCAGAAGUCAAUUUCUGGCGUGGAGCCACGGCAAGUAACAUCUAAUAUAGGAUAUCUAACCAAGCCAACUCUUGUGAGCAUGAUGCACGGAUUAAACAGACACUACUACUCAAUCAACAUACAAUACAAGAAGAACGAGCUUGAAGAAGGAAUGCUGCUCAGCCUGCAUAAGAAGACAUGGGCAGACUGUCUGAAGAUGGAGAGUGUGUCGGAGUUUGAGAAGAAAGCAGAAGGAAGGAAAAAGGAAAUAAAGGAGCUGGGUCGAGCAUUGAAGAAGCGAGUAGAAGAAGAAAAUCUAGCUAAAGAACAAAAUGUUGAGUUGGAGACAGUGGGUAGACUAGAUAUUAGAAAACGAAUUCUUCAUGAAUCAGAAGCACUCAUGAGUGAAAACACUGUGCAGCAACUUAUUGUGCACAUUCACAACAGAAUCUUCUCGUAA